AUGAAGCCUCGGCGGAUAUCAAUACUUCUAGCCACAGUAUCUCUAUACAGCAUAAUUUCAUCAGUAACUCCAAAGGAGCUGGUGUUCGUCCAAGCGAUUUGGCGGCAUGGUGACCGGGCACCACUCAAACUACCGUAUCCCAAAGACCCUUACACGGAAGCCGCAUGGCAACGAGGAUGGGCACAACUUACUAACCCUCGGCGGAUAUCAAUACUUCUAGCCACAGUAUCUCUAUACAGCAUAAUUUCAUCAGUAACUCCAAAGGAGCUGGUGUUCGUCCAAGCGAUUUGGCGGCAUGGUGACCGGGCACCACUCAAACUACCGUAUCCCAAAGACCCUUACACGGAAGCCGCAUGGCAACGAGGAUGGGCACAACUUACUAACGUGGGUAUGAACCAACUCAACGAACUCGGCCGCUAUUUCCGAUUCACGUACAACUUUUUCGUAUCGAAAGUAUACAAUCCAAGUGAAGUGUACAUACGAUCAUCGGAUUCUGAUCGAGCACUUACAUCUGCACAAGCGUUCACAUCCGGUUUCUAUCCAGCCAACGGCAGCUUUCAGUGGCAAGCAGGGGAUCCAUGGCAGCCUAUUCCAAUCCAUGCCAAUUCACCGGGCGAACCAGAUCUCCUUACGAAGCCAACAUCGAUUGCGUGCAAAAAGUACGAUGACCUGGUCGACGCGGAAGACGAUGAACAGGCCAAACGGUUUGACGUCCAGUAUUCCGAAAUGUUCAAAAUCCUUGGCGAAGGAACCGGAAUAGCCAAUUUCUCUUACAAGAAUAUUAACAAGAUCUAUGAUGUAACUCGUGAGUUAAUUCACAAUAUGACUGCGAAACAACCGUCAUGGGUGUUCAAAUAUUGGCCACAGUACAACAACAGGAGUACCAUGGACAUCAUCACUGAACUGCGUACGAUACGCAUGAUCACUAAAUUCAACUCCACUGAAAAAGCCAAUUUUUACAACGGAAUGAAUCGUUCCACUCGCGUGAUGUUCCAAUUAGAGAAG